UUCCGCUGAGUUCGAGGCUCUAGGUCGAGUGUAAAUAAGAAUACACAGGGGAUGAAACGUAGUUAAGAAACGUAAACGUUUUCUGUCAUAAGUAGUGUUGUGUCCCCCUAAACAUCAGUAGAAAGGUGCUGCUUUGGUGAGUUUUAUAUCUACAUUUGUUCAAAGGAACAUAGACAUGUCUGGAAGCGAAGAGAAAAUUACGUCAGCUGUGAAAAAACUAAGAGAUACCUACAGAAGUGGAAGGACAAGAGAUGUGGAAUUUAGAAGAGAACAGCUGAGGAAUCUCCUUCGACUUAUGGAUGAGAAUGAAGAGGAAAUUUUGGAAGCUGUUGGCAAGGAUUUGCAUAAGCCAAGAACAGAGGCUACCCUUGCAGAGAUUUUGGUAGUGAAGAAUGACAUUGCUUGUGCACUGAAUCACUUGUCUGACUGGACAAAACCUGAACCACUUGAAGUUCCUUUGGUCCACAAAAUGGAUUCCUGUUUUACUGUUAGUGAACCUCUAGGGUUGGCACUAAUCAUUGGAGCUUGGAAUUACCCAAUACAGCUGUGUAUCAUGCCCCUUGUUGGGGCCAUUGCUGCUGGAAACUGUGCUGUCAUCAAACCAUCUGAAAUUGCAGAGGCAUCAGCAGAACUUGUUUCCAAACUCAUUCCUAAAUAUCUGGACCAGGAUUGCUUUGCUGUCAUCAACGGAGGAGUAGUAGAAACUCAGUGUUUUCUGAACAAUUGCAAGUUUGACAAGAUAUUUUACACGGGUGGACAUGCUGUGGGAAAGUUGGUCAUGCAAGCUGCUGCAAAGAAUUUGGCAAGACUAACUCUUGAACUGGGUGGGAAAAGCCCAUGUUAUAUAGACAAGGACAGUGACCUUGAGAUUGCUGUCAAGAGAAUAUGCUGGGGAAAGUUUUCAAAUGCUGGACAGACAUGUGUAGCCCCAGACUACAUUCUGUGUCACCCAGACAUCCAAGAAGCGCUUAUCAAACAAUUCAAGGAAGCACUGUUUGAUUUCUAUGGAGAGGAUCCAAAAGAAUCACCAGACUAUGCACGGAUUGUGAAUAACAGGCACUUCAAUCGUUUAAAGAGCUUGAUGAGCAGUGCCGGUAAAUGUGCAGUAGGAGGUGAAACAGAUGAGAGCGAAAACUAUAUCUCGCCAACUAUAAUGACUGGUGUGAAACCUACAGACCCGAUUAUGGAAAAUGAGAUAUUUGGUCCACUGUUGCCGAUAAUAGAUAUCGAAUCUUUUGAAGACGCCAUAGAAUUCAUAAAUGACAGAGACAGGCCGUUGGCCCUGUACAUCUUUGCUAAUGACAAGUCCAAGAUUCAGCGCUUCAUGAACAAUACAUCCUCGGGAGGAUUUCUUGCGAAUGAUACUGUGGUACAUGCCGCAGUUGAAUCGCUUCCAUUUGGCGGUGUGGGUGAGAGUGGAAUGGGAAACUAUCAUGGCAAGAAUUCGUUCGAUACGUUUUCGCACAAGAAGGGCUGUGUCAUCAAGAAACAAGCCAUGGAGUCGUUCAAUAGCAUACGUUACCCACCAUACGAGGAAAAACGCCUUGCGUGGAUCCGUUGGCUGAUUGAAGCCAAAGAACAAUCGUACGAGAAGCUAUCGGACAUAGCACCUCUCUUGUUCUCCAUUCCUCUCGCUAUGGUUCACAAGGUCAUUGGACUACCGAGAUAUUUCUUGAAGUAGACGAAUUGUGUGGACGUACACUUGUGGACGUUUGAACAGCUUAUUAUAAUUUUGUUUGUUUUUAGUCAAGGACAAAACGUAUCUUGUUUACUUAGUAUGAAAAGAAAGAAUAUAUACCACAAAAGGACAAUGAGACUUUUUCUCCGACGAGCUGUUCUCAUAAUCUCUUUGACUUCCGCAGGCAGGAAAUAGGAACAUGGAAUACGGAAAAAAAUAAUAUGAAAUUGUGUGUAUCAGUGGAGAGGAAAAUAAUAAAGUGCAUCCCCGCCCUGUAGCAUACUGCAAAGGUAUAAGCUUUGUGAAAGUGCAGGGCUUUGUCCCUCCUAAA